UCGGAUACACAGUGAAAACGAUGUCAACAGGAGGAUUCACGUUCGAUCAUCCAUCCAUGGACUGGAAUGCCACAGACACAUACCAAGAGUUCAAACGCUUCAAGGAACACGUGUCGUUUGUCUUCGCUGGCCCUCUUAGCAAAGCCACGAACGCGGAAAGAGCCGGGUGGCUAGGAAUGUGGGUCGGUCAACAAGGCAGAGAACUGCACAAGACCUUCAGCUGGGCUGAAGGAGAAAAGGAGGACCCCGGAAAGGUUCUAGGGAAGUACGAGGAGUACGUAAGCCCUAGGAAGAACAAGAGAGUAUCACGCUUCCGAUUUCACCAACGCGUACAAAAGGAGGACGAGAGUUUCGACACGUUCCUCAAAGACCUACGCCUUCUAGCCAUGGACUGUCAGUUCCACGACACAGAAGACAUCCUAAUCGAUGGCAUCAUCAAUGGCUCACGUCACAAGAAAGUACAGGAACGCCUACUCUAUGAGGGUCAAGAACUUACACUUACCAAGUCCAUACAAAUAGCUCGACAGUUCGAGCUGUCACAACAGCAACUGCGAGAAAUGAGAGGCGAAGACUCUGGAAUAGCCGCUGUCAAACCACAGAAGGCGAUCUACAAGCCAAAGAAAGCACAACUCUAUCCAGCUGUUGAACAGCAGGCACGCUACAAACCGCAGAAUUUGCACACAUGUGGCAGAUGCGGCAAUGACCAGACACACAAAAAGACAAGAGGAAAAUGCCCAGCACUAGGAUCAACCUGCACAUACUGCAAGAAGAGAAACCACUGGCAGACCGUAUGUCGAGCUAGAAAGACCAACAGGGUCUACGCAAUGGAGCCUCGGAGUCCAGAGGUCAGCUAUACAGCACAAGACAGCGACUCUACAGAGGACGAGGAAGACAGAUCCUACAUAAACGCUGUGGAACCCUCACAUCGAGCCAAGCAAGACAGAUGGUUAGUACGACUGGAAGUAGGAAGAAGCACCAAAACGUUCCGUAUUGACACUGGAGCAAAGUGUAAUGUCAUAGUUGCCAGCAAAUACAAGAAACUACGCAAUAAGGGUGUCCUGAGGAGGUCACGGAUAAAUCUCUACUCUUACAGCAACCACAAGAUCAACUCCCUUGGCGUGGCAACAAUUCCCAUCAGAUACAAUAGCAUUGACCUGGAAACUGACUUCGAAAUAGUUGACCUAGAGCAAGACAACAUCAUAUCAGGCGAUCUAGCAGAACAGCUAGGCCUCAUACAGAGAGUGAGCAAAGUGAACACGCGCGUGGAAACACAGACACAACUUCCACACGAAUUUCAGGAUUUCCCCGACUUGGCAAAUGUAACUGGAACGUUGCCCGGCACCUACACCAUCAAAAUCGACCCCAGUGCCAAAGGAGUAGUGCAUCCAACAAGAAGACAACCUGUCAUGCUACGGGACAAGGUCAUAGAGAAAUUGAAAGAAAUGGAGAACGAUGGCUUUAUCACCAGAGUAGAGGAACCCACAGAGUGGGUUAGCUCCAUGGUAGUGUCCCUCAGGAAGGACAAAGUGAGGAUCUGUAUCGAUCCUCGAGACCUAAACAAGGCAAUUAGGCGGGAACAUCAUCCCAUGAAGACAAUUGAGGAAAUCGUCAGCAACAUUCCAAGCGCAAAGGUCUUCUCAGUCCUAGACGCGAAGUCUGGAUUCCUGCAAAUCAAAUUGGACCACGAGUCAUCAAUGCUAACUACAUUCAACACCCCCAUGGGGAGGUACCGGUGGCUACGUCUGCCUUUUGGACUAAAGUGUGCUCCCGAAAUUUACCAGAGAAUCAUGGACCAGAUGCUGGAAGGUAUCGAAGGGGCAACCGCCAUCAUGGAUGACAUAUUGAUAGCUGGCCGGGAUAUGAAACAUCAUGACCAGAUACUCCACCAAGUAAUCGAACGAGCCACCAGCUACAAUUUACGCCUCAACUACGAGAAAUGUCACAUACGACAACCAUCAGUUCGAUACAUCGGACAUCUCAUCACAGCCGAAGGGCUAAAGCCAGAUCCAGAAAAGAUAAAGGCAGUAGCGGAGAUGCCGGAUCCCCAGGAUCAAAGUGACGUCAAAAGGUUUCUAGGCUUCGUCACUUACUUGGCAAAAUUCAUUCCAAACCUAAGCGACGUGGACAAGCCGCUGAGAUUACUUCUGAAGACAGAUGUGAAGUUCGAAUGGCAACAUGAACACAAAGCAAGCUUUCAGAAGCUGAAGGAGCUGUGUACCCAUGCACCAGUGUUAGCUUACUAUGAUACUCGGAAAGCAGUAGAGAUACAAUGCGAUGCGAGCAGCACAGGCGUAGGGGCGGUAUUACUCCAAGACGGCAGGCCAGUAGCUUACUCAUCAAGAUCAAUGACGCCUACUGAGUCGAGGUAUGCUCAAAUUGAGAAGGAAAUGCUCUCGAUUGUCCAUGCAACCACAAAGUUUCAUCACCAUGUCUUCGGAAGACACGUACAAGUAUACAAUGAUCACAAACCUCUGGAAAGCAUUUUCCUGAAGCCCAUACUGUCGGCACCAAUGAGACUGCAGAGGAUGAUGCUCAAGCUUCAAUGGUAUGACUUGACUGUCACCUACCGAAAAGGGAAAGACAUGCAACUAGCAGACACCCUCUCGAGAGCUUACAUCCCAGGUGAAGAUCCCGGAAACAAUGACGACCUCGAAUACAUCAACACACUCAAAUUUGUGCCAAUCACGGGUACCAAACAUUCGGAGAUCCAACAAGCGACGUCUACAGAACUGAAGAACCUCCACUUUGUUAUCCUCUCAGGCUGGCCAGAACGGCGGGAGGACGUCCACAUUACAGCACGGCCGUACUGGGACUCACGAGACCAAUUAGUAGUACAAGAUGGCAUCAUCUUCAAGGGUACAAGGAUAGUAAUCCCGCCGAGCCUUCGUUCCCAAAUGUUGAAACUACUUCAUGAGUCACACCUUGGAGUAGUGAAAUGCAAACAACGCGCCAGAGAGGUAAUGUACUGGCCAGCCAUGAACGCCCAGAUAGAAGACACUGUACGGAGAUGUGACCGCUGCGCGGAGUACCAAAACAGACUACCACCAGAACCUCUCAUGCCAACACCAGUCCCAGACCUGCCAUUUAUUGAAGUGGGAAUUGACCUUUUCCAUUUUGAGUCCAAACACUAUCUCAUACUGGUAGAUUACUACUCAAAAUUCAUUGAAGUGGAUGAGCUGCAAGACCAGACCACGUCCUCUACAAUCCAAGCGCUGAAGAACCAGUUUUGUAGACACGGCAUUCCAGAGAAAUGCAGGAGUGACAAUGGUCCGCAAUUCAGCUCAUCAGACUUCCAACAAUUCUGCAAGGAAUACGGUGUCGACCACAUAACUAGCAGUCCUCACUUCCCGCAGAGCAAUGGUGAGGCGGAGAGAGGAAUACAGACAGUGAAACGCCUCUGGAAGAAAGUCAAAGACAAGCAGAAAGCCCUUUUGGACUAUAGAACAACCCCGUUAGAAGGCAUCAACCUGUCACCUGCUCAACUGCUCAUGGGAAGACGUCCUCGUAACACACUUCCCUCAUCCAGAAAGCUACUAGAACAUACCUCCUACAACAGAGAGUCUGUUCAGAGACACUUCCAGAUGGAGAAGAUGAAACAAAAGCAAUACUAUGAUUCCAGACCAGGAGUGAAACCAUUACCAUCUCUACGACCCGAAGACGCAGUAAGGAUGGCACCACUGCCGGAAUCAAACGCUUGGCUCCCAGCCAAGGUCGACCAACAACACAAGUCACCACGAUCUUUUGUUGUAGAAUGUCCGAAGAGUGGAAGAAAGUACAGACGGAAUCGAAGACAUCUUCGACCGUACCCAGAAGCCAGUUCUCUUGUCAAUGACACGUCCAGGCUCGAUUUUACAACCGGAUACAACAGUCUAAACUCGGACAAUAUAGCCUCACCUCUACCGGAUACACCCAAAGCAGCAGUCAGCGAAAUGGAGGAGAGCUAGUCUCGCGCAGCCAGCCCCUCCCCCUUUUUGACAUCCGUUGGCGGGAGACGGUCUGGUAAGGUUCCUUUGAUGUCUUGGUUCUGCCGACCCCUGCAUUCCAUGGGGCAUAAAGACUUAACGAUGAUCUGUUAAUUGAGAUAAGCGACCAACCGGUGCUGCUGGACUUUGUUCUGGCUUUAGGCGAGUUCGUUUGCUCUCACGAGUUGCGUGGCAAGAGAAGCGCGCAGGUUGUACGUCUUCUUGCGCGACAACCUUGGCAGGUGAGUUGUUCUUCGCGAAAUUGCUUAUAGGCUCGUCUGGACGUCAGCUACAGCGUUAAAGCUAGCAACACGACGAGCAGUCUGUCCUACACUUCACUGGCUUCCGUACUGUCACGUACGGAAGUUGCGUGAUCAUGCACUUCCUAGUAUGUCACUGGUGACGGUGAUAUCCUACGUACUGUACGUCAGUAGCCAAAGUGAACAGGGUUUGACGUACUUUUGCGAGAGAGAAGAGUAUGGGCUAACGAGGUAACGUGUUGUGCGUGGGUUGUGGACGUUUUUGCGUGGGGUUUGUUGUUGUCAACCGUUGCUUUCAGUUGUCUGUAUAUAUAUGGCUUUGUAUUCGUUGGUUGGGGACAGUUUGCAGUACCAUUCUCGUCAAUUAUAUUAAAUGUAAUGUACAUGUCUGGUCAAAUGCUGGUGAAAGAUACUCAACUGGAGGUGGCCAUAGAGGAAACUAGAAUAGCAAUGUCAUACACAGAGUUGAAAGAAAAACAAAGAGAGGCCAUCACUGCAUUUGUGCGAGGAAGAGACACCAUUGUACUGCUGCCAACAGGCUAUGGGAAGUCGAUAAUAUUUAGUAUGCUGCCUUUAGUGUUUGACAAACUGAAAGGUUGGUUUCAUGUAAUAUCUAUCAAAGUCAUUGUAAUUAUAAAAGGUAGGGGUAGUACCUGUUUGUUCCUUUAAUAGGUUGCAAAGGUAGUAUAGUAGUUUGUGUCAGUCCGCUAACAUCCCUCAUGAUGGAUCAGCGAACAAAACUAUCUCCUAGAGGAAUUUCAUGUGAGUUUGUCGGUGAGGCACAGUGCAAUGAAACUGUAAUAAAGGAGGUGCUAUCAGGCAGAGUACAGCUUGUUUUCAUCAGCCCUGAAAACCUUAUCGGAAACCCCUUGUACAGAAAUAUGCUUCUGAAACCAAGGUAUAAAGAGAAUUUGGUGGCACUGGUUGUUGAUGAAGCACACUGUAUCAAGACAUGGGGAAAUGACUUUCGUGUUAUCAGAAAUGUAACAGAAUGAUAUCAGAAGUGUAAUUCCUGAGGAAGUGCAUGUAAUGGCUGUCACAGCAACUGCUACACGUUCUACAUAUGACUGCAUACUUCACUGUUUGUCAAUGAACGAUGUUGCAGUUAUUGCAUUGCCACCCAAUAGGAGUAACAUCCAGUACUCAGUGCAGACCAUGACGACAAUUGAGGACUUCAGUGCUACCAUGUCAAGCCAACUUAUGAAGGAAGGCACUGAUAUGGUGAAGACAGUGGUAUUUUGUCGGAAAUACCUUGACUGCACAAUGCUGUAUUUCAGUCUGAAGAGGAAGUUAGGCAAGUACCUGACACAACCAGUUGGGGCUCCAAACCUACAGGAGUUUCGUCUAGUUGACCUGUACACGAGUGCAUCAACAGUAGAAAUGAGGGAGAAAUUACUAACAACAUUUGCUAGGGCGGAAAGUACACUGAGGCUAUUGAUAGCAACAACAGCAUUUGGAAUGGGAGUGGACUGCAAAGACAUUUAUAGAGUUUUUCACUGGAGCCCUCCCAGAGAGAUUGAAGAAUAUGUACAGGAGACAGGGCGUGCCGGGCGUGAUGGGCAUAGGUCCCAAGCCAUCUUAAUAUAUGGCAACGUACACAAAACCGUUUCAUCAAGAAUGAAAGACUAUGGAGAGAAUAGUGUUUGCUGUCGCAGAGAAAUGCUUUUUUCUGACUUUAUGUUUAGUGUAGACAAGGACCCAGUUGCAGGAUGCCAGUGCUGUGAUGUUUGUGCAAUGGUUUGUAGACAUGAAGAGUGUUCUUAAUUUGAUCGAAUGUUGUUAGCGUGA